UAAUAAUUUAAUUGCUAACCGAUACGGCAAGGAAUGACAAACGCGAGUGAAACGGUUCGCGGCGUUAAGAAUAAAACGAAAGAAACUCGAAUGUAGAUUACAGUUUGUGAUACAGUGUCGUGAUAGUGGUGUGAUACCGAAAUUUGCACGUAUCAAAGAAGUGAAUUGCUUUCGGGGUUACAAAGAUUUCUUUAACACGACGAGUAACAAAAUACUGAGACAAAUUAUUCAAGACUAACGUCGUAAUAUAAAUAUGGAAUUGUCUAGUGUUCUUGGUUUGGCAUUAUGGCAGCACUUGGUGAAAAGUAGUAAAUAUUACAUUUAUCCUGAUACUCAAUAUCUCGUAGCCUACCCCUGAUUAAAAAUACUCAUUGAAAAGUAUUGGAAAUGAUGAAAUCCGAAUUGUUUUCAAUAAUCCUAAUCUUAAUAAAUUAAAUACUACAAUACAAUGUAUAUUGAUUAGUAAUAGUAUUACGUAAUAUUUAUAUAAUAGCAUCAUACCUCUAAUGAGUAAGCAUUAUACCAUCUGUAUACAGGUGGUAUUGAAGUGUCCAAUAUAAAUGUAUUGUGAUUAGUCUUUUCAAUAUGCCAGUUUUUCAUAAGGUGAUUCUAUUUUUGUUUUUUGUUUUCCUACAAUAUCUACAUUUCUGUAAUUCAGCUAAAAUUUUAGCAGUGUUCCCUGUGCCUUCCUAUAGUCAUAAUCUUGUAGUGAGACCAAUAUUUCAUGAGUUAUUAAAAAAAGGACAUGAGGUUACUGUUUUAACCACCCAUCCAAAUUAUUUAGAAGGUGAACGUCCUGAAAAUCUAACUGAAAUAAAGUUAUAUAAUGAAGUUAUUCACCAUAAAAUAGCAAAUAUAGUAAAAAAUGAAUUCAACCUAGAUACUACAGAUUUUAGGAAAUCAAAACUGUUAUUGCAAAGUGGACUUAAUUUAGUAUUUGAUGUACAACUACAAUUGGAUGAAGUGAAGCGAUUAUUCCAAGACAAAGACAACAAGUUUGAUUUGCUUUUGCUGGAAGCAAAUGUUCAUUACAAUUUAAUAUUUUUAAAUCGAUUCAGAGUACCUGCUAUUCAGCUUGGGAUUUUGGGAGGUAUUUAUGGAAUUUACGAAUCUGUGGGCGCAAAUACUCACAGAAAUUUAUAUCCUUUGCCUGUUAUCAAUUAUUUUAACCCAUCAACAAUAUAUAAUGAAAUCACUGAACAGUUAGAAAACAUUGUAAACGAAAUACGUUUCCGUCGCAUAGAAGACGAUGACCACCAAAUGCUUUCUAGACAUUUUGGUCCAACUACACCAACUAUAAAUGAAAUGAGAAAGUCCAUUGAUAUGAUUAUGUUGAGGAUUAACUCAAUUUGGGACUUUAAUCGCCCAGUUCCACCAAAUUUAAGAUAUAUAGGUGAAAUUAAUAAUUAUGACAAUAAUGAAUUGCAAGCGGAUAUUCAAAUACUUCUAGAUUCAUCUCAAAAUGGUGUAAUUUAUGUUAGCUUUGGAACAAGUAUUCCAGCAUACAUGUUAUCAGAUGAGAAACUAAAUAUUCUUAUAAAAGCAUUUGCUUCCCUGCCGUUCUGUUUUAUUUGGAAGUUAGAAAAUUAUAUACCCAAUUUACCUGAAAAUAUCAAAAUCGGGAAAUGGUUUAAUCAAGAGAAAAUUUUAGGCCAUCCAAACGUCAAACUAUUCAUAACUCAUGGAGGACUAAGAUCAACAGAAGAAGCAAUAUUUGCUGAAGUUCCACUUAUAGGAAUUCCAAUGCUAUUUGAUCAAGGAUUUAAUGUAGAACAUUAUGUACGACACAACAUUGGUGUUCGACUGGAUUUCAAAACUAUGACAGCGGAUCAACUAAUCCAGACAGUUGUAAAUGUUAUGGAUAAUAAUACGUAUCGAAGUAAUAUCUCAAAGUUGAAAAAAGUCAUGAUGGAAGAAUCAAUUACAUCACUCGAUAAAUCGGUUUGGUGGAUUGAAUAUGUGUUACGUCACGGAGGUGCUAAGCAUCUGCGUGGACCCGCAGCUAACAUGUCUUGGACAGAUUACUAUGAAAUGGAGCUGUUACUCUUAAUUUUAUUAUUUAUUAUGUCUCUUAUUUAUUUAAUUUUUUAUUUGGUGAAAGUUUUUGUUUUCUUAGUUUGUGUACGGAUGCUUAAAAGUUAACGUUUUUAAUGUGCAUUAACCUCGUAUGUAGCGUUACGAAUGUUAAAUAAUUGUAUAAACAAAAAUAGAGAGAAGACGAUUAUUCAAAAAUUUUCAUAUUCUUUUGGAAUGAUAUUAUGUGUUGUGUUUAAUUAUUAAAUAAGGAAUGAAAUAUAUGAUAUAAUAAUUUUAGUUUAAA